CACUUACUGUCAUUGACAGAUCGUUACUCGCGAAUUAUGUAGUUUUCGUGAAAAACCUGUAUAACUCAAAACUUUAUUAUAGUCGAAGCUUUUGUGAGACCAUAAGCUUAGCAAUAAUCGAAAGUUCUUAUUGCAUUUAUGACUUAAAAGAUUGCAAUGCAAAAACGAUAAAGUUAAUAAUAUGUGCUUUAAGUGUAUCUGCAAUAAAGUACUGCGAUAUUCAGAAUGUAAUUUUAUACACUUGAUAUUGCUUGAAAUUACUUGUUAUCAUUCUUACUUUAACGUGUACGCUUUAUAAUGGAAGUUAUGCCUUUUUAAAUAUUUUCAAACCCUUUAGAAUAAAUAUACCUACUUAUAAAUAUGUAAAUAUGGAUACACCAUCUGAGAACUGGGACCCAGCACUUACUCGUCUAUUGAGCUCACUGAAGGAAGUCCAAUCAGGCGGUGAAGAUGUAGCUUUUUUGAGUGAACUUCUACAGUCGAAGCAGCUUCAUGCAUUAGUUCAAGUUCACAACAAGAUUGCAGCAAAAGGAAAGGAUGACAAAUUCUUCCCACUGCUGUCAAAUGCUAUGCAAGUCACACUCGAAGUUCUGGAUUUGUUGGGCAAUGUGGUGUCAGUCUCCAAAGAAUAUCAGGAGCUUCUGAGUCUAUUACAGAAACCACAUUUCCAGGCAAUAUUAUGCACACAUGAUGCUGUGGCGCAGAAAGACUACUACCCCCACCUCCCCGAUGUCCCGUCAGAUGCAGAUGAAGAAGAAGAAACAGUCAAAAUUGUUCAACUAGUGAAGAGUGACGAACCACUGGGUGGAGCCCAGAGUGCCGAGCCAAUCGUGGGUGCGACGAUCAAGACGGACGAGGAGACGGGGAAGAUCGUGAUAGCGCGCGUGAUGCACGGCGGCGCGGCGGACCGCUCGGGGCUCAUCCACGCCGGCGACGAGGUCAUCGAGGUCAACGGGAUCACCGUCGAGAACAAGACGCCCGCCGACGUGCUCGCCAUCCUGCAAAGCUCGGAAGGCACGAUAACUUUCAAACUGGUGCCGUCGUUCGGGAAGGGUGGUUCGCGCGAGAGCAAAGUGAGGGUUCGGGCCCUGUUCAAUUACAGUUCGGCCGAUGACCCCUAUAUCCCUUGCAAGGAAGCGGGGCUCAACUUCAAGAAAGGUGACGUUUUGCACAUCGUAUCACAGGAUGACGCGUACUGGUGGCAAGCGCGUCGGGAGGGGGAGAGGAUCAUGAGAGCCGGGCUAAUACCAUCGAGGGCCUUGCAGGAAGGUCGGAUAAUCCAUGAAAGGCAAACCGACCCACAGACAAUGGAAGGCAAGCCGGCGCUGUGCAGCCCUUCGGGCGGCGGCGGGGAGUGCACGCCGCAGACGCCCUGCUCGCCGACGCCGACCGGCACGGCGCUGCUGCCCUGCAAGACCGUGCCCAAAGUCAGGAAGGUCAUAUACGACAUCACCGAGAACGACGACUUCGACCGAGAGGUGAUACCGACGUACGAGGAGGUGGCGCGGCUGUACCCGCGGCCGGGGCUGGUGCGGCCGCUGGUGCUGGUGGGCGCGCCGGGCGUCGGCCGCAACGAGCUCCGCCGGCGGCUCAUCGCCACCGACCCCGACAAGUUCGUCACCCCCGUGCCCUACACGUCCAGACCGGCAAAGGCGAGCGAGCAGAACGGCAAGGAGUACAUGUUCGUGACGCGGGAGGCGAUGGAGAAGGACAUCGCGGACGGCAAGUUCAUCGAGCACGGCGAGUACAAGGGCAACCUGUACGGCACCACCGCCGAGAGCGUCGAGACCAUCAUCAACUCAGGUCGCGUGUGCGUGCUGAGCCCGCACUGGCAGGCGCUGAAGAUGCUGCGCACGGCGCGGCUGCGGCCCUACAUCGUGUUCGUGCGGCCACCGCCGCUCGGGCGGCUCGCCGCCACGCGCGCCGCGCACCACGCGCGCUCCUCCUUCGACAAGGAGAGCUCCCGAGCCUUCACGGAGGAAGAGUUGUCCGACAUCAUCCGGUCGUCGAACCGCAUCAACUUCCUGUACGGGUACAUGUUCGACGAGGAGAUCGUGAACGAGGAGCUGGCCGGCGCGCUCGCGCAGCUGCUCAAGGCCGCCUGGCGCGUGCAGUCCGAGCCGCUCUGGGUGCCCGCCUCCUGGGUGCAGUAGGCAAUGGAGCCCAAUACAAGGCUACCCUUAUUGCUUAAUGCUCCAGCGAAUGCCUGUACAAAUACUGUUGUGCGAAAUUAACGGUACGCCAAUGCACGACGUGGAGAAAAUAUGAACCUUUGUGGGAAGACUUCUUCCUGCUACUUAGGGCAUACUGAAAAUUCCUGGACAUAGAAAAUAUAAGUCGUCUCAUAUAUCAGCAUCCAGAACGUUCAGUAUGGUAAUUGCCAGCUGCCAACUAUCAACCAAUAUUUCCAACACAGACUAGGGCAGCGCUACAGUCAUGCAUGGAGCUAGUACGCUCGGAGCGUUUUUCAUUGUCAUCUAACAAUGUCCAAACAGAGAAUGCUCCCGGGACUGAGAUUUGCGGGAGUAUGUCUACAUUUGCUAAUCCCGGGAAUUGUUGGUUCCGGGGCUGAUUUUGUAUAGAAAGCCAGUACGCGAGGACCCCAUUGCCCAGCAUUCUAGCAGAGCCGUAUACAGUUAACUACAUAAUUUGAUCUCUAUGCAUUAUUAUUUGCGUUAUUUGACACAUUGUGACUGACGUAUAUAGAGAUGUAACUAACCCAAAUCGAUUGUCACAGCAAGCGAUUACGAUUGGAUGGCACGUAGACUGAGGUAUCGAAUUGUGACGUAUAAUGAAUUUUUAUUUGUGAUUUAAAUAAAGCUAGAAUUAUAUGGUUUUCCCGCAAGGUAAAUGCAUUUAAUACACCGACCGAGUAGGUCGCACCCAUCGUCAAAAUCUAAACUAACUGGGGAUCUAUUUUAAAGUUUAUUUAUGUUAUUUCUGUGUCAAAUGUGUUGUCUGUUAGGUGACGAUAAAUAUAUCCAUAUUUACAGUUAAUUAUCCACCUUUUCCUUACUUUUAUUAAAAGAAAAAUGAAAAAUUCAUAUCGAUUUACUUAGACAACUACCGAUUCAUAACGGUGGUGUCCGGCCAACCCUAAAAUUAAAAAAAAAAAGACGUAGAACGUAAACGUUCGCAGUGCAAUUGUUUUCCUUUGUGAUUUCGAUGUGCAAGACAUUUUACGUUGUAUUGCUGUUGUGAGUGACAGAUGUCAAAUAACGCAAAUAAUAAUGCAUACAGUAUAGUCCAACAAUAGACAAUGCAAAGAUUCAUUGGUCACUAACCCAGAAUUAAAAUUGAGUGUACUUCAAUCGCCUUUACAAAUGCUUGGAUCCUAUACCAUAUUAUAUGAACAUAGUCACAAACACUAUCAUAGUACUAUAGAAUAGUUCGGAUAAUCGAAACGUGGGUUUAUUGAGACAAGAAUAAACAAAAACAACACCUUUUUACAUGAUGUAUUGGCCACAUACGCGCCAAUAGACAUUUCAACUUUAGCAUUCCGAUUUAAGGUUCAAAUUAGAUCUUGACUUUUCUUCAAAUUAAUCAUCAAAGCUGGAUUAAUUAUAAUAUAUUUGGAUUUUUUUGGAAAACCUUGUAGAUUGGUGUGGCCUGGAAAAGGGUUAUCGCAAGCGGACUAAAAACAUUCUAACAAAACGCUUUUCAACAUUAUGCGUAGCUACUCGUAGUAGCUACAGCGAGCAGCAAAUGCGCGCCAACUUUCGGAGAAUUGAGUGUUCGGAUGAUGAGGGCUCGGAUAAUCAGGGUUCUACAGCAAUAACAUACUGAACAUACAGUACGGGAAUUUGUUCACUAACGACUCAUCAUUUCCACAAAUUAAGGUACCCAGUGUCAGUCACAAUUCCUUAUAAGGCGACGCGUGAAUGCUGGGUUUAAUGACUUGUCAUAUACCCUCACCCAGUGCAACUGCGUAAUGACCGCUGGCUAGCUAGCUGCUAGAGGUCACAUCGAGACCACUAUCAAAUUUACUGUUUUCCAUCUCAUGGCUAGUAACCAAUAGGUGGCCUCUCUUCCGAAGAUCAGAUGCAAUGCAUUCUUUUUGCUGUUUUAUAAAAAAAUAUUUGUUUAUUAAUAAUUUUUAGCUAGAAUUUACACAUUAUUUCUACCUACAUGUAAAAUGGAUUAGGUUUAGGUAUUUUAUACUCUAUUAGUUAAAUAAAGAUGAGCACAUGUUAGAAAAGGUUCCAUAUGCUAAAGUCUGCAGCGAUUUAGCAACGACAGUCAAAAUUCAAAAUUCAAAAUGUUUAUAGAGGCGUUGCGGACUUAGACGGUUUUUCUAUCAUAUUGAAGUAUUGUUACGUUAUGCUGUAGGUAUUCUUUCGGGCCUAUUUCCAUACAAAAUAUAUCGCAAGGUUCAUUAAUGUUAUCAAUCACUGUUUUAUUUUAUUAGUCAUGUUUCUGCAAAGGUGGAAUAAAUAGUUAAGUGAUAGCUGAUUUGAAAAGGACAAUAAAAAAACGUUUGGCGAAUAUGUACCUAAUACCACAGAAUAAAUAAUCGUACUAGGUACAGAAGACUCACUCUCUAACAAAACGCGUCUGUUACGAUCAGCACAGAUAUGGCCGGUAGGUGGCGACAGCGCCACGCGCGGCUAAUGGCUUUCCCCAAAAUUGGGGUGGAACGGAUGUACUUUUAGCUACCUUUAGCAAAGCGACGAAAUCGCGAAGUGAGCCACGCCUGCUAAUACAUAUAGUUCGAACUUGAAAGAAGGUAAACAAUCUUGAUGUGUCUUUUAAUUGAAAAACACAUUUUAAAAAUAAGUUACGGCAAAUAUGUAACAAUUAUGAAUCUAAUACGAUCAUUUAUAUUCUUCUGCUUUCAUAAGUAAUAGUUACUGAUUUUUAAAAAGCGUUUUUCAAUUAAAAGACAUGUCAAGAUCGCUUACCUUCUUUCAAGUUCUUUCUAAUGCUAAAAAAAACGAACUAUAGUACCUAUGGCAAAUAGGCGCAAUAAUAUUUGUAUGGUAAUUGGCCCAAGUGUCACAAAAUAGUACAUUUCAAUGCAAGUGUGGAAAGUGUGUUAGUAUUUACGAGUCCCGAGAUGUAUUUUAUGAGCCAUAGGCGAAUAAAAGACACGGGACAAAGUAAUAGAACAACUGGGACUAAAAAGCUAUCAGCGAGAAUAAAUACGAUCCAGCCGUUAGGUAGAUUAUAAAAUUAGGCCUGUCAGUAAAAGGAUCUUAUAGUGACAUCCACUUUUAAAAGUAAAAGCAAAACUUAUCAAUUUUCAUUGUAAUCUUUUUGCAUCAUACCAUUUCAGUAUAUUAACAAGAAAAUUCAACCUUUACGAAUUUAUCUUCUCCGAAAUAUUUUUUAAUGUAUUUACCAGGGAUUUCUAUAAGUUAACUAUUAUGUGUUUUCAUAUAGCUUUGCACGGUAGGUACACUGCUGGAGGUUUUCUUUCCCUUGUCCCUCGUAUCGAUCGUCUGUAUUAGUGGUCGUUUGUUUGUGUGCGUCGUGUAAAUGUAGGGAAAUUAUAUUGCCAUAACAAAACUUGUCGAUCAAUUUAUCUUCUCUUCUUACAUAUUUACUAGAGUAGUUUUUUGGCCGUUCAUCGCUUGUUAUAAUACAAUCUGAAUAAACUCAUAGAAUAGAUACAGAACACCUAUCAUCGGUCAUGUUAUGUAAAAUAAUUUGACACGACUCUUGUCCAGCCGUAUUAAUUUUAAGGUCUGUGAGUAUAAUUAAUGCAUUUUUUAACAAUAAUAAUAGCCUAGUAAUAAAUUAAUUACCUUUUAUAAACCCUUUUAAUCAAGUUAAUGUAGAUUUAGAUCGGUAUCUUAAAUUUUAUUAUAUUAUUUUUAGUUUUUACUAUACCAAAGUUGUCGUGUUACCAUUGUGACCUGAAUAGUUGUUAUAGAUUUAAUGUGUAUUAAAUAUAAAGAUCCAAAAUUUAAUAAAUCAAAGUCGCAACAUCAAUCAUUGACAAUACAGAGGUAAGCCAACAGGCAGUAUCUAAUUGUAAUCAUUUCAUAUUUAUUGAUACGAUAUUUAUUUAUACCAGAAACAGUAUGGAUGCAGAUUAUUGUAAGAUAUUGUACGAGGUAACAGAAACCAGAAGAAUUCGGUUUGUGUUGCUUGGGUAAUGGUACUUUCAUAAAAUAUACUGGGUGUGGCCUGUAACACGAGCAAAUGAUUAAAACAUAGAUUGUACUCCUCAAACGGUGACGCUUUUGUUCAACAACUUUUAAAAAUUAUGAAGUAUUUAGACUCGCUAUUUUUCAUUCAAAAUAAAUACUGUCUUCAUCCAUGGACGCCAUCGCCACGCCACAUCAUUGUGAUUGACGUUGCUUGUCACGCCUUAAACAUAACAAAAUUCGCAAUACAUUGCGUCUUAGAAUAAACUUUAAAGUGUGUUAAAAAUCAAACCACAAGUUAUUUUUAAAAGUCGCUGAACAAAUGUUGGUCACUAUGAGGAGUACAACCUACACUUAAUUUUUUGCUCAUAUUACAGGCCACACCACACCCGGUAUAACAUUGUGUGACAAAAACAACAUGAUAGGUGGCUUUCCAUCACAGCAGGCUCCUUAUACUUCAAUUGCAAUACGGACCAUCUGAAGUUCCAACAAAAAUCUGAUAAGAACCUGAUCAAAAUCAAAAUUGGGCGCCUUAUAUCUACUUAUGUAUUAUGUUAAGGGAGAGUAAUUUAAGUAAAAUAGUUAUUUGUUGUAUAUCUAAGUAUGUAUGCCAAUGCUCCCACCGACGAGGCCCAUAAUGAACCUGGACUAGGUGAUAAAGUGGGGUUAUCUUUAUUUCUUGUAGGUCGUAGGUACGCUAAUUUACCACCCGGUUUGCAUAAUCGUAUUUGCUUAAGAGAUGAUUUUCUAGUCACAUGGUCCGCUGUUUAUUAGCUUGUGAUUGUAUGAACAAUACCUGUUGUUAACUAGACAAUCGACGGGCGAUUAAGUAAACUGCACUAAAACUAAACAAAUAUUUUAAAAUUUGUUUAUCGGUUCAAGCA